AUAGAUCUGGAACGUAAACGUCGAGAACGCAUGUACGAUCGAGGUUUACAGAUUUGAUUGUGAUUGUGCGCUGUACCGAGUCCGGGAAAGACAACUUCAAACAAACAAAAUUGUCAACCACGUCAUCAAGUCUGAAUAAUUAAACAGCUGAAAGUUCUUUGAUAGAAGCAAAAGAGAGUGAGUGUACUCAUCACGGACAUGACCAGGGCAGUUACCGGUACUCGCAUAAUAAUGGCGGACCAUCAAAGUGGAUCACGGGGAAGUAACGGGGUAGAUGGACGUGGAGGAGACUCAGGAGUGGAGAAAGCCUCACCAACCCGCACCAAAACUUACACGACAAUAUUUUUGGUAGUUUGUGCCUACUGGUUUAUCUCCAUUUCUCUUGUUUUCAUGAACAAAUAUCUUUUGAGCAGUAAAUCUCUGAAGCUUGAUGCUCCCCUCUUUGUGACUUUCUACCAAUGUGUGGUGACUGUUAUGCUGUGUUUCAUACUCAGUUUGCUAGGGAAAGCAGUUCCAAAUUUAGUCUCAUUCCCUCCAUUGAAAUUUGAUUACAAAGUCACCAGAGAGGUCUUACCGCUGUCUUUGGUGUUUGUGGGAAUGAUAACAUUCAACAACCUGUGCCUCAAGAAUGUGGGUGUAGCAUUCUAUAAUGUGGGCAGGUCACUCACAACAGUAUUCAAUGUGAGUCUUUCAUACUUUGUGCUGAAGCAGACUACAUCCAUGAAAGCUAUCUUGUGCUGUGUUGUUAUCGUCAGUGGCUUCUUAUUAGGGGUUAACCAGGAAGGAUCAUUGGGUACGUUAUCGUAUGUUGGUGUGCUGUAUGGUGUUAUGGCUAGUCUCUGUGUAUCCCUCAAUGCUAUCUUUACCAAGAAGGUGCUGCCAGUAGUAGAGAGUAAUAUCUGGCGUCUCAUGUUCUACAACAAUCUGAAUGCCAUCGUUCUCUUCCUUCCACUCAUACUCAUCUCUGGUGAGGUGUCCAUCCUACAAACCUUUGAACACCUUACCAGUCUUCAAUUCUGGGGUAUGAUGACUAUAAGUGGGGUGUUUGGAUUUGCUAUUGGGUAUGUAUCUGGCCUUCAAAUAAAGGUAACCAGUCCUCUGACACAUAACAUCAGUGGUACAGCUAAGGCAUGUGCACAGACCAUCCUUGCUAUCACAUACUUCCAGGAGAUCAAGACAGCAUUGUGGUGGAGUAGUAAUUUCAUGGUGCUUGGGGGAUCUGCUUUCUAUACAUACGUACGUAAACAGGACAUGGAUCGAGAAGCUGCUGAGAAUCAAAGAGCAAAGGCUGAUCUAGAGGAGCAGAAAUCACUCACUUCUAUUAAAUCAUAGAUUCACCUACGAAUAUUGCUCAGUUACAUGUAUGUGCUCUUAUUACCUUGAUUAUGAUUAGGUUAAAUAAAGCUGAAAUCUUGAUAAAAUCUUCCCAUUCAAUAGUACGUAUUAGAGUUUUAUGCUCCAAAAUCACCUGCCUGUGUAAUAACCACCAUAUGAUUAUUAAAGAUGAGUGAUUAUUCUCCUAACAAGAAGGGAUUUUAUUUUUACCAGAUCAAAAAUGUGAAACCAAUUUUUUAAAGAAGAUAAUGAAAGAAAAAGGAAAGUCUUUGGGAUAAAGAAAUGACAGCGUAAUAUUGUGAUUUUCCAUUAAGCCUGUAUGGUUUCUAUCAUCUAGUAUGGAUGAUAUGUACCAGUUGAUUGAAUGGGUUUACAUGUAUGUGUAAAACAAAGAAAACAAGUACUACUUGGAAAUUAGUGUGCUUUUUGUUAUAUGAGGGAUAAAUAAUUGUGUUGUAGUGCUCCUUUUAAUUAUGUCAGUAAUCAAUUGAAUCUUCGUUUACUAUAAUAUUUUGUUCGAUGGUAUGUUGCUUAGUCCUCUUUCAAGUCUACAUGCUUCGUAUAUCUACGUCUUGUUUCAUUUGUCCAUAGUGUUUUCCUUGAUUGACUAACAGUUUAAAAGCUUUGAAUUGAGUACUGGGGACAGUUUUGGUUAAGUAAUAAAGGGAGUAGAACCCUGAAGGAUAGGUGAAGUCAA